AUGGACGAGGAAGAACAACAUUCGAGUGAAUCGCUUAUCAGUUAUUCAUACGAUUAUUACGCACUAUUUGAGAGAGCAUCUAAGUUGAAUACUCCGCCACCCGUGACAGUAGCGUUUGGUGUAGUCUUUAUGUGUAUGAUUAUUUUCGGGAACAUUUGGGUUAUCGUAGCUGUAUUCCGACAACCAAAGUUACGAAAAUCAGCCACUAACCUCUUCAUCGUAUCAUUGUCUGUAUCCGAUCUAAUGGUAGCCGUUUUCUUCAUACCAUACCACGUUGCAUUGUUCGCCUACAAUAUUCCAAUAAUCAAUUCAGCUUUGUGUAAGAUUUUGGGAUAUUUUCACUGGGCUGCUCAAUGUGGCACAACAUUCUCGCUGAUCUGCAUUUGCGUAGACCGGUAUCGAGCCAUUGUGCAGCCCAUGAAACAGAAAAUAUCGAUACGACAAGCUAUGAUUGGAUGCACGCUCGUAUGGUUGGUAUCACUUGGCUAUUCUUCGUUUAAGUUAUCCGUUAAUGACGUGCUGUCCUGGAAUGAAACGAUCGCUGUAGAGCAUGGAAACGAAACGUUUUACGAGUACGAACUGGUGGCUUUUUGUUACGUUAAAGAUGAAAGCACAGAUCACUGGUUUCGACUAACCGAUUUAAUCCUAAUGUACAUCGUACCUCUAAUUAUAUUAACAAUUCUCUAUUCCAUAAUGGUCUUCACCUUAUGGCUUAGCAAAUCACCCUCAAGUUCUAGCAGCCGUAACAAAAAGAAAGCGGUAAAAAUGCUGAGUUUUGUUGUGCUACAAUUUGCACUAACAUGGCUACCAAACCAUACAUUGCAGUUCUAUUUUACUUGGUCCGAAACAUUCCCAAGAAGCGAAUUCCUGUACUCAAAUGUUCCCGCCAACCUGGCAAUUUUUAUUUUCCUCUGCAACAGUUGGAUAAACCCUAUUCUCUAUGCGUAUUUCAAUGAACAUUUUCGAAGAGAGUUCAGAAAACUGUUUCCCUGCUUCUACAAGUGUCGCACAUCGACUGUUGAACCUGAGGAGACAGCAACGACGAGAUUUGGUCCUACAACUGGUAACAUUGGCAGAACACAAAUAUCAACAAUCAGCACAACAGUGGCAUAG